AUGAAUAAUUAUAAAGUUUAUUUAAGAGUAAGACCAAUUGAUUAUGAUUAAUCCAUGAUGAAUAUCAACUAGAAUACCAUUUCCAUCAAAGAUCCUACCAAUAAAUAAGCUGAGUGGUAAUAGUACUGUUACGAUAAGAUAUUUCCAUCAACUUCUACUCAAAAAGAGCUUUUCGAUGAGGUGUUCAAUUUUGACUGUUUAAAUAAAAAUGCCUGCAUUCUAUCGUACGGUUAAUCAGGAAGUGGAAAAAGUUAUUCGUUAUUUGGAAAUGUCCAAAACCCAGGGAUAGUUCCAUUAUUUGUAUAAACAAUGUUAGAAAAAAGUCAGGUGGUUGAAGCAUCAUUUCAGGAGAUCUACAUUGAUUAGAUCAAGGAUCUUAAUACUAAUCUUGUAACUGAAGAUUUCACAAGAAGGCAAAUUAUGUUAAUUAAUGAUCUAUGGGAUAUGAUCAAAAUUGUUAGGAAAACAGACAUUAAACGAUAAGUGAGGACACAUGUUAUAAUUACAUUGUAUUUGAACAAGGAUACUAAAAUUUAGUUUGUAGAUUUGGCAGGAUCUGAAAGAGUGGCUAAGAAUAUAACGGAAGGUGAAAAGUAUUAAGAAGCCAUUAUGGUAACAUCAAGUCAUCAGGUUUUGAACAAAUGUUUAAACUUAUUCAAUCAAAAUAAGGUUAUUCCAAAAAGAGAGUCAAAAUUAACUUCAGCCUUAAUUAUUGAUAAUAAUACUUAAGUCAUUUUAAUUGGAACAAUCAAUCCAAGUCAAUCAAAUUAUGAAGAAUGUUUACUUACAUUAUAAUAUCUGGAUAGGACAAAGAAUGUCUAAGUUUAAAUUCGAAAAUAGCAAUCUCCUUAAGGGUUAGACACCCCUAAUAAUUCACAAUAAGAUAAAGUAAUCAAAAGGUUGUAAGAAGAAAUAUAAGAAUACAAAUAGAAAAUAGAACAAUUGAAUUUGGAUAGAAAGAAAAGGUUUAUGGAUUUAUAGAAGCUACUUGGUUUAGAUAUUGAUUUAGAAAGACUAUCUGCAAAAAAUGCUAAGGACAUCUCUAUCUUUAGGAAUUAAUAGGAAGCAUUGUAGAAGAAUGUUAGUCUUUAAGAAUAAUUGGAGCAGCAACAUUAUGAAAUUGCUGAAUUAGUCAGAAAGAAUGAAGAAUUGAAAUAAGAUUUCCAUCAAAAAGUGGAAAGAUAUCAAUCCUAAUUAAUAGAGUAGAGAGAAAUUAAUAAGAAAUUGAAGGAUUAAAUUAAUAUGACAAAAAUGAGUGGAGAUGAUGCAUUGAGGUAAUUAAAUUCUGAAAGAGAUCAUUUUAUCAAGAAAUUGCAAGAUGAGUCCAAAAAUCUUUUGGAAGAUAAGGUCACUUCAAUCAUUAAUCUCCCUUAAACUGCAUUGACCAAGCUUUCAGAAAAUCAAAAGUUACAAGAUCUAAGAAGACAAGCAAGAAAUGAAGCUGAAAAGGAAUUCAACAAGUAAUUGGACUAGAUAAAACUAGAACAUUAAAAAUGGUUGGAUACUUGUAAAUAAUAGUAUGAAUAUCAUUUAAAUGAAAAAAAUAAGGAAAUCGAGAACUUUCUCUCUUCCUUCAAGUAGUAUAGAGAAAGAAAAAAAUAAUAAAUCAAUGACAUUGUGGAUGAACUACUUGAUCUUUAUGAUAUCGUACAAAAGCAAAACAAGGUCAUAGACAAAAUCGAAACAGGUGGCUAUAGUGGAGGAUUGAAAUCUUUUAGCAUUCCUAAAUAAGAUAAGCCUAUUCUUCCAAAUAAAAUUAAACAUAAAAAUUUAUUUUUAUAUUUGGACACAAAAAGUGUUUCAGCCACGAUUACUAAAAAGGCUUCGACUAUUGAAAAAACCAUUAAAACUACAACCAAAUAAUUAAAAUAAUCUCAAAGUUAAUUUGCUAUCGAAAUUGACUACAAUCAAAUUGAUUAAAUUAAUUUUACAUCUAUGGAUUUAAGUACUUUAAGAUCGUAUGCAAAUAAAUUGAGAGAUCUGGUUAAAGAACUAUAAGAUUAAAUGAUUGUGGUAUAGGAUAAAUGUAAAUAGUAAAUUGCAUAGAUGCAAAGAGGUUAGUUUAUUGAUUAUUUUGUAGAACGUGAUGAAGCUAUUCAGAAGUACAAUAUCGAAAAUAGAAGAUACAAUUAAAAUAGAGUUGUAAUCGAAUCCCAAAGCAGGAUAUUAUAAAAGAUAAGACCUAUCAGCUCAAUUCAAAGAAAAUCAUGA